CUCGCCCCCGGGGAGAUUAGUGUCCAGGUUACACCACCAUGCUGCCGCCCCCAGUGGCCUUGACGCCCCCACAGCCCGCAGCUAUAAGACCAGGUAAACGCGGCAGGGGAGACACCGAGGAUGGAGAUGCUCCAGGGGCUGCUGCUGUGGCUGCUGCUGAGCGCGGCCGGGGUGCGGGCACCCGGGGGGCCACUGCGGCCGCUGUGCCGGCCCAUCAACGCCACCCUGGCCGCUGAGAACGAGGCCUGCCCUGUCUGCAUCACCUUCACCACCAGCAUCUGUGCCGGCUACUGCCCCAGCAUGGUUCGGGUGCUGCCGGCUGCCCUGCCGCCUGUGCCCCAGCCAGUGUGCACCUACCGCGAGCUGCGCUUUGCCUCCAUCCGGCUCCCCGGCUGCCCGCCUGGUGUGGACCCAAUGGUCUCCUUCCCUGUGGCCCUCAGCUGUCACUGCGGGCCCUGCCGCCUCAGCAGCUCUGACUGUGGGGGUCCCAGAGCCCAGCCCUUGGCCUGUGACCGCUCCCCUCGCCCAGGCCUCCUCUUCCUCUAAGGAUCCCCACCUCAACCUCCCAUGCCCACCCCAACCUCCCAUGCCCACCCCAACCUCCCA